CCUCGAGCGACAAGCAGCCCUACAGCUCCCCGUUGGCCUCUCCGGCGUAUUGUGUGAUCAUCACGCUCUUGCCACAGCGCUGCGGCAAGCUUCUCACGCGAGCAUCACACGCCCAGCGAGCCCAGCAGCCGCGGCCCCAUCCCAGCAUUAGCUACACGCACGCCGCAGCCGCGACGCCGCCGCCGCGACGCAAAAAUGUACAACGGCAUCGGUCUCAGGACCGCGCGCGGCUCGGGCACGAACGGCUACGUCCAGUCCAACCGCGCCUUCGUGAAACCGGUCAACGUGAGAAGAGCCGAGGAGAUCAACCGGACCGGAGGAAUAGGAGCCAGAGACGGCGAGUGGAAGGCGCGGACGGCGGUCGAGGGGAACAAGGAGAUCAACGAGCACAACCGCAAACGCGAGGUCGAGGCCCAGGUCUACGCGUUGCGGGACGAGCUCGAGGAAGAAGACGUUCCCGAGGCCGAGAUCGACAAAAAAUGCGACGAAUUACGCCAGGAAUUACUCGCGAAGAUGCCCACACCAAAGAAGGUCGGCACAGACUCGCACCAGAACGCCGAGGCGAAGGCGAGAGAUGAUCAAAAGCUCCGCGACGCGUUCGGGAUCCGGGACGAUCGGCACGUCCCCGGGGCGGCCUUCGACCGGGAACUGCAGGACCAGCUCAAGGCGCAACGCCAGGCGGAGCGCGAGGCGCGGGCGCUCGAGGAGGCGGAGCGCGCGCGGGCGCGGAAGCAGAAGGAUCUUGAUAGACGAGAGCGCGAACUUAAAGAGAAGGAGAAGGCUUUGAAGCGGCGCGAGCGGAAGCGCGACGGCGGCGACGAUGGUCGGGCGCCGAAGCGGCGGCGGGCGCGGUCUGCGUCGUCUUCCUCCUCGUCCUCGUCCUCGUCGUCCUCGUCCUCGUCGUCCUCAUCAUCCUCGUCGUCGUCGUCGUCGAGCUCCUCCAGCUCUUCGUCGUCGUCGUCUAGCUCUUCGUCCUCGAGUUCGUAGUGUGAUAACUUGAGGAGACCUGUAGCUUUGUUGUGA